AUUUCGUGCUAUUUUAAAAGUUAAAAUAUUUAUCCUGGAAAUUUUUUCACAACUGUUGGCCACUUUGACUUUGUCUCUUGUGAAGUUGUGCUACAAUUUUAGAGAAACUGUACGUCGAAGAUUUAUUUGACAUUCACAGGAACAUCAGCUGGUUUAGUCUCGUGCUACGUGGACCCGAUACCCUGAUACUUUAUGUAAUUUUCGUGGAUCGCGUUGGAAAAUGAAGCGCAUGACUCGUUCGCGCACCGCGGCGAUGGAACGGGAAGCUGCUGCUAAACGGAGCAAAUCGGAUAAUCUCCCCACAUCGGCUGAUCUCAGCGAGAGCCCCUCCACCUCCUCCUAUCCCCACCACCAGCCCAGUCCCGAAAUCCUGCCCUAUUCUGCAGCUGAAGUGGAGAACCAGCCUAUGGAGAUUGUUGAAGAAGCGCCUAAAGACGUCUACAACGCCCAGGGAAAGCGUCUGCCGCGGAUGAAGGUGGUGAUCCACGAGUGGCACGCCGUGGUGAACUGGCGCUGGAAGGGCACGGACGAGGACGACUGCGGCAUCUGCCGGUCGCCCUUCGCCGGCUGCUGCAGUGACUGCCGUUUCCCCGGUGAGGACUGCCCCAUCGUCAGCGGCAAGUGCACGCACACCUUCCACGUGCACUGCAUCCAGAAGUGGCUGCAGUCGCAGCAGCAGCAGAAGCAGACUUGUCCCAUGUGUCGCCAGGAGUGGGAUCUGUGAAGAGGCGCGCGCCCCGGGAGGUGGCGGUGGCCGACAGUGGAGGCGUUUUCUUUUGAUCUGAGUGUGCUGAUGAUUGAUGUGUACUCGUGGAGGUUAGGUGUUUAUUUGUCCUUGUCAAUAUAAAAGGUGUUAUUCCGUUAUUUUAUUACUUAAUAUAAUGGUUUAUCCAGUUUUAUAUUAUUCUGAUAUUCUCUGACGAACGUCGUCAUUAACACCGUCACACAGGAUUUUUCCCUGGUUUUUAAUGGACACUCUGUAAUGAUUGCGAGUUUUAUCUGUACUUAAAUGGUUAACAGAAUUGUGCUACCACUCGAAAAGCGAUUUAUGAACAUUGGUUAUACCUAUUUUUUUGGCUUUAUUAGAGAUUUGGUGAGAACUUAAUAAAACAUAGAGUCGGCAUGAUUUCGAUGG